AUGUACACACAUUUGGGCGAGCUCAAUAGGAUAUCUUGGAAGUUGGUCCGUGGCAAAAAACGCGGGAGGCAACAAAAAGCGCGUUGGGAGCGCCUGCGUCGCAUCUGGAGGCGCGCUGCAUCCAAUAUCAAUUGUGCGUCGCCGUCGCGGCCGGUUGCGCUCGUGCCUUGCGAUUUCGGGAAGGGCCCGGCUCUGGGUGCCGUCGCUUUGUUC